AUGCACCUCUCUAGCGUCCUCUUCGGUCUUGCCGGCCUCCUGGUCUCUGCCAGCGCCAAACCCGCAAACAACACUGUCUACAAGCACUUCGACUGCGAUGUCAACAACAGUCGCGCUAGCGAGCACUUCAACAAGACUGUGAGACUCAUGCAUUCGGGUGCCUUCAAGGCACACAGCGGCACCCAAAUCGCUGGUCUUGCUGUGCGCGAUGCCACUGCUGGCCUCAUCAUGGUUGAUGUGGCUUUCCACAUCGUCACUACGGCCGCAAAGGCAGGCUCCAUUACUCAGAAGAUGGCCGAUGACCAACUCGCCACGCUGAACAAGGCCUACAAGCCCAGCAACGUUCAGUUCAACCGCAUUGCCACCACCUUCACCGUCAACGAUGCUUGGGCUGUCGGUGCAGGCUCUGACGCGACUGCCAUGAAGACUGCUCUGCGCAACGGCACCUACAGCACUCACAAUAUCUACUUCAUGACCGACCUCACCGGCAGUAUUCUCGGCACGUGCAGUCUGCCCUCAGACAUUGGCCCCGGCACCCCUGCGCCCAGCACUUAUAUCACCGACGGCUGCAUGAUUCAAGCCAACACCAUGCCCGGCGGCAACAUCUACGGCUUCAACAUGGGCAUGACGGCCGUCCACGAGACCGGCCACUGGAUGGGUCUCCUACACACCUUUGAAGGUUACAGUUGCACCGGCAAUGGCGACUUUGUCAGCGACACCNCCAUGCAGAGCACCAGCACCGAUGGCUGCCCUGCAAAGCCUCCCAAAGACAGCUGUCCCCAGAGCCCUGGUGUCGAUGCCAUCCACAACUACAUGGACUAUUCGGACGAUUCUUGCUACACUGGUUUCACCGGUCAGCAGAAUAAGAGAAUGGCCAGCAUGUGGUCCACCUACAGACUCGGUCGCUAA